GUGCUCUUCUAGUAGUACGGCUCUUGGGAAGACUGUGGACAAUUCAGAAGUUACUCGAGAAGAAAUUGUGCUCCCCCGAAAGAAAACAUGGGAUAAGCUGGCUGUUCUUCAAACAUUGGCUUCUACUGUGAAGAGGGAUCCUACUGCUGCUCAUUAUAUGUUCCAGGAUGACCCUUUCCUUAUGCCAAGAAACGCAGCCAAUUCUCGUCUCUUCUCAUUGUCAAAGGAGUCUGGGAGAAAUGCUGCAAAAUACAUUAUUAAGCAAUUUCCUCAAUAUUUUGACAAGACUUUUGCAGAGCCCAAUGUACCAUGCUUGAUGCCUGAGACUCUUACACCUCAGAUUGAAGGAGUGAGUGAGGAAGCUCUAAAAGAGCGUAUCCACCUCAGACAGGUGAAAGAUUCUGUGAACCUGUUCGAUCAGCUCAUACAAGCAGGUACCCCUGUAUCUCUGGAGACCACAAACAGCCUUUUAGAUUUGUUAUGCUUCUAUGGAGAUGGAGAAUCUACUUCGGAAAAAGAAGAAGAAGAAAAAGAGGAUUUGGAAGAACCAGGGGUUUCAGAGCAGAAGGCUCCAAAGAGACAAUUCCAAAGAGGUUCACAGUCAUCUGGCCCUAGAUGGAGGGAGGACAACAAUGCUGAAAGGAUAUUUAAGAUAAUGCCGGAGAGGAAUGCACACUCCUAUUGCACAAUGAUCCGUGGGAUGGUGAAGCAUGGGGCUUAUGCUAAAGCUUAUGACAUGUACAUAGACUUGCUGAAUGAAAGACACAAGGCUGAUGUGCACACCUUCAACGCACUGAUUACAGCAGUCCCACAUCUAAAGGAGAGGUUCUUAGAAAGAUGGGAAUUAGCCAAGGUCUUCCUGAAUCACAUGGCUCAACAGGAAGUGCAACCAAAUCUACUAACUUUUAAUGCUUUACUGAAGACUCUGAGAAGAUGUGGUGGUGUAGGCAGAAGUAUGUCUUUAUUGGUAAUAAAGGAAAUGGAAGCACUUGAUAUAGAGCCGAGCCUUGCAACGUAUGAUCAUCUUCUCUUUAUAUUUUAUAGAGGCGUUGGUCUUUGCCCUUCGGGCAUCAUCUCUGAGGUACUAGAUGAUGUUGAAACGAGGAGUUUCACUCCCCAGGACCCUGAUGAUG